GUGCGCGGUAGGUCGAGGAGUCGAUCGAGAGCAGGCUGCUGACGGAUGGACGAACGGCCUGUGUGCGAGUGACAGGUGGUUUUCUGACGUUUCGUUCGUCGUCGUUAUCGUCGCCAGCGACAGAGCAGCGCGCGGCCGCCUGCCAUAUUGCGCGUGAAUAUCCCGGAGCGUAACGUCCGUCCGCGUCGUCGUCGUCGUCGUCGUAUGACUCGAUGACAGAGUGAGCUCGCGUUCGAGGUACAACCGCAGUCAGCCGCGGACCUAAGCCAGCCGCCGCGGCGUUACACCGUUCCACACCCCCUCGGUCACGGCCCAGCGGUCACGGCGAGCAGCUUUCCCACCGUAAACGGCGCCGAUCCACAAACGUGUGCAAAAUGUCGACCGGUCCAUAUAAUUAUUCCUAUAUCUUUAAGUAUAUCAUCAUAGGGGAUAUGGGAGUGGGCAAGUCAUGCCUGCUUCAUCAGUUUACAGAAAAAAAAUUCAUGGCAGAUUGUCCACAUACCAUUGGCGUUGAAUUUGGAACUAGGAUUAUAGAAGUAGCAGGACAAAAGAUAAAACUGCAGAUAUGGGACACUGCUGGACAAGAACGAUUUAGAGCAGUUACUAGAUCGUACUACCGUGGUGCAGCUGGUGCAUUAAUGGUAUACGAUAUUACACGCCGUUCAACUUACAAUCAUCUCAGUAGCUGGUUGACAGACACAAGAAAUUUAACAAAUCCAAGCACUGUUAUAUUCUUAAUUGGUAACAAAAGUGAUCUCGAAGGUCAACGUGACGUUACCUACGAAGAAGCGAAGCAGUUUGCUGACGAACAUGGCUUAAUGUUUGUCGAAGCUAGUGCAAAGACGGGACACAAUGUGGAAGAAGCCUUCCUGGAAACUGCAAAGAAAAUAUUCCAAAGUAUACAAGACGGGCGAUUGGACCUAAAUGCAGCAGAAUCUGGUGUACAACAUAAUCCCAGUCAACCAGGUCGCACCAGCCUCCAAGGUGUAUCUAAUGAACAGCAGGGAGGAAAGGAUUCCUGCUCCUGUUAGGUCUUAUUAUUUGUUUGUAUAUAGAUAUAUUAAUUGAUCGGUACUAUUAAUGCAUAUAUGAUUUGUACUAAGUGUAGUUGACAUAUUGUCUUGUAGCCUGUAUCCUCCCUUUGAUAAGCGAAGUCCACUUAAAAAAGAAAAGAAUGAAAUAUGUUGAAAAUAUCCUUUUUUAAUUAGCGUCAAUUUAUGAUGUUCAAUAUGAUGUUAAUAAGUACACGACACAAUAUAGACUUACAUUGUAAAAAUGAUUAUCCAGUACUGCUACUAAUUUUUGACGCGUGGAGAAUGAUUUGUCGAUAAAACGGCUUUUGUAUGAUUAUUGCAAUUUAUACACUAUUUUCACAUAGACGUUUUGUAUAUUUCAUGCAUUUUUUGUGAAGCUAGGCAAAGGAAGAUUUGUUAGAAUAUACAUAUUCUAUAAAUUCGUUUAGAAUAUACAUAUAAUAGCACAUAUGUAGAAGCCAAUUAACCUUUCUCGUAUGUUUGACCGAAAAUUUCCAAUUGAAACAAUUUAAUGACGAUGAAAUUUAUUCAACCAAUUUACAUCUGUAUGUAGGAAGAUCACGUAUUUGUUGUAAUGCAAAUUCUUGCUUUAAAAUAUUUAAUCAAUGAAAAUUAACUUAAAUUACAAACAAAUUUUUUUCAAUUCACUUUUUAAUCUGUUUUAUUUUAUGAGAUUUACACAUAUAUUGCAAGUUUUGUAAUAUCGAUUAUCUUUCAAAUUGCAAAUGUAGAGAAAAAGUAGGGAUCAAAAAUGUACUUUUUUUAAAUUAAUAUCUAAAAAAUAUAUUGUUGAUGAAACAAAAAUAUAUACAUACGCAUAUAUAUGUAUAUAUAUGUGUGUAAAUUUAACAUUGUUUUUAAUGACAAAUUAAAGAUGAAUUAUUUGUCAUUGUGAUAUUAAUUAAAAAUCAUUUUUUAUUUGUAGAAAAUUUGUAUACUAACAAACAGCCAUGUAUAUUACUCGAAUAUUACAUGAAACAAUGUAGCUUGAAAUAUAAUCAUGCAUUUUUUUUUCAACGUUUUUUAUUAGCCCAUAGGAUCUUUAAUUUGUCACACAAUGCUUCUAUGCUUUAUAUUAGAGAACAGUAUUAGCAAGAUCUUAUUUUUCACAUUAAUUAUCUAUUAUAUUAAGGGCUUACAUGAACACAAAUUAAUUCAAUUGGUCAAUCCAAUAAAUUAAUUGGUGUGCUUUUACACGCACAUGGAAUUAUACGUUGAUUUGAGACUCUAUAUAAAGACAUAAAAAAAAGAAUAAAAAAUAAAAUAAAAGGCAGCAUGCAACGAACAUGAUGAUUUACGUUCUCUUUAACGUCUUGUAAACGAUUUGUAUUUGUUAGCUUAAGAAAGUACGAACGAUCUCUUCGAAUAAAUCUGACCAAAAUUUUAUCCCGUUUGAA